AGGGGGCGGCUUGGAAACCAGAAGACGAAGGUUAGUGCUGCUUUAGCCUGGGGGAGGCUGCGGGUGCAAAGGCUGGGGUAGCUCCGUCUCGCCGUGGCUUCCUGGCACGGCUUCCUUCAUAAUCAAGAUGAUUUGGUUAUGGGGCAAUAGAGUACAGCGAGUCCAACAUACCUUUGGAUUAUUGUUCAGAAAAAGUUGUGCCUCCAAGAAAACCCUUCCAGUGUUGACUCUGUUCACAAAGGAUCCAUGUCCUCUUUGUGAUGAAGCAAAAGAAAUCCUCAAGCCUUUAAAAAACAGGUUUAUUUUGCAAGAGGUGGACAUCACUCUUCCAGAGAAUUCAGUUUGGUAUGAUAGGUACAAGUUUGACAUACCUGUCUUUCAUUUGAAUGGUCAGUUCUUGAUGAUGCAUAGAGUAAAUUUCUCAAAGCUUGAAAAACAGCUCAAGAAACUUGAACAGCAAAAUAACUGAGGCUGACUCAUACCACAUUACUUAAAUGUAAAAUUCCUCAAGAAUCUGAUCAGAACUACCUUCUAGGAGUGAAAUGACCAAGCUUGGUUCCAAAGAAGAGAUAAGACAACUUCUCCCACUGCUUUGUAGAAAUGGAAGACCACAGAUGUGUAAAGCUACAUAUAA